AGCCCCGCCUGCCGUAAGGAGUGUAAACUUAAUUUUGUAUUUAUUUUGUAUAUUCACAGUGACAUAUUUUAGUUUUUCAGACAGCAAAUACAAUAAUUAUUUUUUUAAUAACAAUGAAUUGUUAUUAACCUACUACUGGUCCGUUAGUUGAAUAUUCAAACAACCCAUUAUCUAAAGAUUUCAUUGGUUGAUGUGUGUUGGUCUGUUGCUAAGAGACGGCUGUGGUAGGCGAAACUAAAGAUGUCGUCGAGUUUCUCCGCAAACCAGUACGACAGCGCUUUCAAGUCGAAUAAACUCCAGAACUGGACGGUGCCAAAACAAUACAAAGAGAAACCGUCGCCAGCAGAGGGCCACACUAUAUUUAUAGCCACAGACAGAGGACACCUGCUUCCUGGUGUGAAGCGUGGAUAUCCUUGGACCUCAUUCCAGGGGACGUGGGACUUACCAAGUCAUAUCCCUCCAGUUCACAUUAAUCCUACAGCACGCUCACAGGAGGGCCAGCAGCGCCUCAGGGGAUGGGGGCAGGUGCAGCACCUGGUUCCAUCAGCCUCGGGUAAACUAAAUGAAACCAAUGAAAACAGCAGGACACCACAGUGUGAGGGUACUAGUGGUAAUGGUCAGCACAAGGGAUUUUCUGUGAACGUUCCUGCUCCAGAUGGACCCGGACUGGAAAGGACCGUAUCACAAGCCAGUCAAGUUCAGUCUAGACCAGCGACUCAGCAAAGUCAAGUUCAGUCUAGACCAGCAACUCAGCAAAGCCAAGUUCAGUCUAGACCAGCAACUCAGCAAAGCCAAGUUCAGUCUAGACCAGCAACUCAGCAAAGCCAUGCUGAGCCACAACCAGCCUCUACACAAAGCCAGGCCAAGUCCAGACCACUAACGCAGGCCAGCCAGACCAGCAAUCAAGAUUAGUAGAGCAACUAAUGUAUAAAACAAAUAGCUACAAAGCAGUGUAAUGGUAGUAUGAGGACUUAGAAGAAAAAUUCAGAUCUCCACUUGAAAGAACAAGAAUAUAUAUUGAGCCUGUGUUAGAGGUUGUCUUUUGAUUUAUCAAUAAAGUUAAAAAUGUUGAA